CUCAUUUCAGUUUGAGCUUUGAGCCCCAAAGGACUGCAUUCAAAUUUUAGUAAUCAGAAGUAAUCAGACUAUCGGCUGAUCGUGAAUGGUGAAGAUGAUGAUGAACACAACAACCAGUUCUGAAUUUAUUUCUACCACUGAAUAUGAUUACGGUGAUUUACCUCCUGAACCAUGUGAAUACGGCCCCCAUUCAAGCCGCAUUCUCCCACUGCUCUACUCCGUGUUCUUCGUGGUGGGUUUGCUGGGAAACCUGCUGGUGCUGUGGGUGAUCCUGAAAGGUGCUCAGUUGAAAAGCAUGACUGACGUGUCUCUCCUGAACCUGACCAUCGCUGACCUGCUGCUAAUCUUCACUCUCCCCUUUUUGGCUCAUUAUGCCAGAAGUACCUGGGUUUUUGGUAGGGUCAUGUGCAUCCUGGUCCUCAGCGUGUACCACAUCGGGUUUUACGCCGGCAUUUUCUUUAUCGUGCUGAUGAGCUUCGACAGAUACUUGGCGAUCGUCCAUUCUGUGUUCGCCUUGAGGAUCCGUACAAAGACUUAUGGGAUUUUAGCGAGCAUCUUCGUCUGGAUUUUUGCUGUUGCGUCUUCAUUUCCUGAACUUCUGCAUCUUGGAGUUGAAAACAACGCGACUCAAAAUGUUUGCAGCGCGUAUCCAAAGAAUGAUCAAUACAGUGAUGUCAGAAGUAAGGCUAUCUUCAAAAUGAAUGUUUUGGGGCUGCUAAUUCCACUGAUCGUUGUGGGAUUUUGUUACUCGAUGGUGCUCCGGAAGCUUAAGACGCUUCGUAAUUCCAAAAAACUGGCCAUUCGUCUAGUUGCCAUGGUCAUGGUGGUGUUCUUCUGCUGCUGGAUACCGUACAACAUCGCAGCGUUCCUCAGUGCACUGGAAAUGAAGCUCAUCUUGCCUCCAGGGUGUGAACUCAGCAAAACCAUCCGGCUGCUGCUGCAGGUCACCGAAGCCGUGGCGUAUUCACACAGCUGCCUCAACCCGUUCCUCUACGUGUUUGUGGGUCAGAAAUUCAGGAGGCAUCUCGCCAGGCUUCUGCGCCAGACCCCAUGCUUCCAAGUGCAGUGUAUGAAAGAAUACAUGACCCAGGCUGCAGCUUCAGUGUAUUCCCAGUCCACAAGCGUGGAGGAACGUUCCACUGCCUUCUGAAGGGUGGAGGAUCACAAUACCAGACUAUGAUCCAUUCAAAAAAGAAUCUCAUGUUGCCUUCAAACCGACCAAAAGGUUUUAAUGUACGGAUUAAAGAUUUUUAUUUGGUAUAUGAUUUAUGUCAACAUGUUUCCUGAAAACAAAAAGGCAUAAAAAUAGAGUUGUUUAUAUAUAAUAUAUGACCAAAUCAAUUCAAUUCAAUUCAUGUUUAUUUGUAUUGAGCUUUUAACAAUGAACAUUGUCUCAAAGCAGCUUGAAAUGAAUAUGUUCUUUUAUAAGUGUAAGUUUGUCCCAAUUGCACCCAAAAGGUUCUUACAGAACAUCCUAUUCAAAAUACCACCAAGGACCCCCUCCUGUGAAGGCUUUCAACCAGAUUUUGGGGCACCACUGAGGGAGGCUUGUACAUCAUUGAGACCGGACAAUGAUGUUGGACAUUAAGGCUUGCCACACUUAGCAUUCCAGGUCACCUCUCAGGUCCACAGCGAGCUUCUGACCAGGGCUUUGAAAACCAUAUCUGUAUAAAUCUCACUUAUGCACAGGGACAUUGUGAAACCCGAGCCCUUCAGUUUUAAUAAUAAGAUUUUCUAAUCUUACAGAAUACAAAAAUAAUCUAGACAAUUAAAUACACAUAAGGAAGGAUGUAAAUGUUCACCUAUGUUUGGCCAUACAUUAUAUAUAAAUCUGCCCCAUUCUGCAGUAUUACAACAUAAAACUGAAAUUAACACAACAACAGUGAAACAUGGUGGUGGGUGAAUCAUUUUACAUAGUUUGCAUUAUUGUACAUAAUAAAAAUGGCCAUCAUCGCUUCAAUAUUAAGGCUUAUUACACACACUUCACAUGCGUUUUUAAAUAAUUCUGUGCUGCUGUGAUUUUGAGUCACGUGUCGUAUUCUACAUAUCAUCAUCCUCUGGAGACAUGAUGCAGCCUGGAUUAGAAUGGAUUUAUUCAAGCAUUAUAAAAAGUCUCCUGUCUUCUUUCCUUACUUGGUGAUCGUAUGCAACAGAGCAUCUUUAUCGCAUUUGCAAGAAUCGUUGGUGGGUUUCUGCUGUAGCAUUAUAAACGUGGUUGGAUGAUCUCAUGUGUUUUUGGUUUUUUUUCUUGAUUCAAAACUGAGCCUUUGUUCGCUAUCAAUCAAAAAAAUCUGACAAUUCAAACGCGCCGCAUUUGUAGCAUUUUCUAGCCUGAUGAAUGUGUUGAUGAAAUAAAUAACCGUGUUUUAC